AUGGGAAACAUCGGUGGGCUUCGGUUAGCCGGAUGUGGCCCGACCUCAAUGUGUACAGGAGUGGGAAACUGUGGAGACUGGAAACAUCGCCAAACUUCCUCAGAUGGGCUCGUGCUGGGACCGUGGGGCAAGGGCUCAUCGCCUUCGUAUGAGUACCCCGCUUGCGGGUCAUCAUCCACACCCAGGAACCCCUUCGAGGGGCCACAGCUGGAAAGCCCAGCCUCUGCUGCAAGCCCUGCGCGAGACCUCGUGAGGAAGUUCAUCCGCGACAUGUUGCAGGGUGUGGCAGCCGUGCUUCCACCGGCCUGGCCGGGAGACGUGUGUGGACACAACGUGACGGUCUUUCUUGAUAAGAGGAUGAAGGUCCUCUGCGUGCGUUCUACAGAUCCUUCGGUGGAGGUCUCCACGCAGCUGGGGGUCCCGCUUACCAGCAUUGCAAGUAUAGCCUUUGGGUGCUGCAACCCCGGCGAGGGGCGGCUUAGCACAACAGAACGCUCCGUCACACUCUUCCUGGACGAAGGCUACGGCCCGUCCAUCGUGCUCGAGUUCCGUGAUCUGGAGGAACGCGACACCUUUGCCAUCUGUCUCUCCAUGUUCGUGGACGGGAGAAAGGUAGAAGUGGACUGCCGAGAGAAGAGAUCCUUGUAG